AUGAAGCUUGUGUUAAUGGGUGAUUUCAAUUUCAAUUAUCCAGACCGUGGAAGGAUUGCGAAACUUUUUAGUGAAGUUCUUGGUUUGAAGCAGCUGAUUGAUUCUCCAACAACCGAAUAUGGCAGCUGUCUUGAUCACAUUUACACCAGUUUGCAAGAAAGUUGCUUGAAGGACUUUGGCGUGUUGGAGACCUACUACUCUGAUCAUAAGCCGUUAUAUCUUGCAUUUACACAGAGUGAAGUAUAGAACCAUGCAGCAGCGCUAGCCAAAUCUUAACACAUUUUGUAUAUUGUUGUAUAUAUUGGUUUUUGUUUUCUAUACCAACUGGAAUUGUACAAAUAACUACAUGUAUUUUGUUUUUUAUUUUAUAUCAUGCAUUUGCCCUGAUAGAUAACGUGUGUAUAUUUUAAAAGUCUUGUUGCUAAAUAUUUCUUGUUUGAAUAUUUGUUUUUGUGAGUAACAGUGCCAAUGCACUCUGAUUUAUGGAUCUUUAUACUAUUAUUAUUAUUUGCAGAUGUCUAUUGGACUAGCUUUUGGAAAUCGGGCGUCUGGCCCAUACAAGACACCUAUGAGGGUGUGCAUUGUGGCGGUGGAUGAAGAGCCGUCCACAUUCAGAGGGAAGGAUGGCACAGAGCGAAAGGUGUUGGCGUGUGCCGUCAGCGACGGCUGUAAAGUGGUUCGAGUGGUCUGCUAUGCGUCCAACCUGUUUGGACGACUCAAGGUUGGAUCAUCCAUAGCGAUGAGAGAAGUCAUCCGGAAGACCGAUGCACGACAACCGUAUAUCGUUAUGACAGAAAAGUCGAAGGUAUUUGCAACGGCUGCUGUAAGCCACCCAGCCAGCCACACGGACGAGGGGACCACCCUUCUCAACCCUCUGCCGGCAGCAGAUGUGCCAAUAGCAACGGCACUAUCAUCUCCAUCAAAACAGAAAAACAGCGUGGUGGGGAAGAUUGUUCAGGAGGAAGCACCCCGGACCAUUCGGGUCAAUGAUGAAGAGGUCACCAUCAAGGUGGUGAAGGUGGAAGACUCCACCUCCAACUGCAAUGUCACACUGUGGAGGGCCGCUGCCGCUGCAGAUGUGAGGCCAGGUGACUACAUCCGUGUCACAGACGUCAUAGUCAACCAUUACAAUGGUUCAACAAGCCUGUCCACUACUGCUAGAACGAAAAUUGAGAAAACUGAAGUGCCAGUGUCUGAACGCGAUGUGGUUGUUGUUGGCGCUUGUGUCGACGGUGCUACAGUCGAUCUCCUAUUGGAUGAUGACACUGAAGUGAAAGUGCCUGUGGUCAUGAUGCAGGGGUUAGUUGGGGACGAAGACAUUGAGGAGGCAUCUGCAGCAGGCUUGCAAGUGCACAUAACUUCGCAAGGGCCGGAUAUCGUGAGCCUGGAGCUGAUCGAGGAGGCCUUAAUGCUUGGGUGAAAGUUUUCAGACAUGCCUGAAGUUCAGGUUUUUUGAAAGGCAAUUUUUUUACUUUUCUUAAGUAAUUACUAUUGAAAGUACCGCCAUUUCAUACUUUUCUGGUUUUUCAAUAUUUUGUACUUUCACCCAUGUUAAUGUGAAAGCCUAACUUGUGCACUACUCGACUGACUCUGAAUGGCUAGUCAUUCUUUGUGCAAUUUCAUUGCUGAUCUCACUUACCUGUACAAUAGUUGAAAGGCAUAAUGUUUUGUUUUUUCUGUUCUUGUCAUAUUUGUUCAGUUGACCACUCAAUUUCUACUAAAAACAUCUUGAAAAAAAGGAACAUAUUCAAUUUAUUUCAAUUACUGGUCAAUAUAUGCAAGCAAGUUGUGUUUUAAGAUAAACUGAAUAUUUAAUCAUUGUUUGAAAUCCAUGUCAGCCUCGAUAUCAGAAUUCACUCUUUGGUAAUCUUUGCAAGUCAUACCUUCCCUAAGGUUUUACCACUUUAUCUCAUCAUCAUUUAUAAAAGUUACAUUGUGGAAAGUUGCAUGUAAAAUUACAUGGUGGAAAGUUGCAUAUAUGCAAUAAACAAGAUAGGAAAAUGACACUUCAAUAUAUAUUUUUACUUUAUUAAAUGUUCUUGCUAAAUGUUCUUGCAAGAACCGUCACACUAGCUCAAUGAAAAUACACAUGUAGUGUUAGUUCAUUAUUUUGCUCAGGCAAUUGUUUUAUUUGUUUCAACCUUUGAAGGUGGUCUGGUGCUGUUUUCAAUUUGCUGGUAAUUAGGCCAAAAAAAUUGUUUGUUUCUGGUAACAUUGCAAAAACUAAAUAGGUAUGGGGGUAUUUUUAACUUUUUUUUUUAUUGAUUGAUUUUACACAAACAAUCUCAUUUUUAGGCAUUUUUUCCUCCAAAAAAGUCAAUAAAAAGAUAAGGGGAGGGGUAAAAAAAUUAUGCGGGGGAGGGUUACCAGAAACAAACAGCUUUUUUUACACCUUACAUGUAGUAAACAAUUUUCCCUGGUAGGCAUCAGUGAUGUCGCACGAUAGUAGUAAGUUAGUCCAAUAUUUAUAUUGCAUGAAAGUGUUUUUGCUAUGAUUUUAUUUUGGAUUCUUUAGAAGAUGAUGAACUCCAGAUUGCUUGGAAAAAAGUUUGUAUUCAAAUGUACUACUUUUUUAUGACUAACAAUAUAUAUGUGAAAAGACCAUUAAUUUGAAAGAAACAAAACAAUUUAGUUGGAAUUCUGGAUCAAACUCUUUGGAGAACCUUACACUCCAAAAGCUAACUUAUGCACCA